AUGUUUGAAUGGACCGGAUCAACGGAAAAAUUAGCAGACAAAACAAUUAACAGACAACAGACAACUACGAACUCGGUAUUACAGUUGAACACUGAACAGUCUUCUCUUCUUCAAUUCUUUAGAGUUUGGAGUUUAGGCGGUUCAGUACGAAUUACUACGGAAACGGAAUGGAAAAUCGGAGAUACAGAUUUUCGUAAAGUGAAUCGUUGUAUCCUGUCCUUUGAGUGGUCCUAG